AUGGCGGCAAGUUCAGCAGCUCUGUUCCUGACCCCAACCAUCCAAACCUCACACCAGAGCCUCUCCCCUUCCACCAUCUCCUUCCAGGGCCUCCGCCCUCUCCGUUUACCUUCCUCCACCGCCGGAACAACCUCCUUCCCCAGCCUCACCACCUCGCGGCGGAGCAUGACCGUGAACGCAGAGCUGAACCCGUCUCUGGUGAUCAGCCUGAGCACGGGGCUGUCUCUGUUUUUGGGCAGGUUCGUGUUCUUCAACUUCCAGAGGGAGAACGUGGCCAAACAGGGGCUGCCGGUGCAGAACGGGCAAACCCACUUCGAGGCCGGAGAUGUUCGUGCUAAGGAGUACGUUAGCCUCCUGAAAUCGAACGAUCCGGUCGGGUUCAACAUCGUGGAUGUUCUUGCUUGGGGCUCCAUCGGCCAUAUUGUGGCUUACUACAUCUUGGCCACCACUAGCAAUGGCUAUGACCCUAAGUUCUUUUGA